AUGUGCAGUUGGUCAAACCUGCGUGCAAAUAUCCUGCGCGAUACAAUCUUCCUCGAUGGCGGGGAGCUAUCGUAUCAGAUGGGAUAUGAUGACGGUUGCGUCCAGUACCAAGCAGAUGACAAUUUGAAAGCCACCAUCUAUUAUCUGAACCUCACCACUUCUUUCAACACAAAAUCAGAUUUCAUGGAUAUACUCAGCAACGCGUCCAUCGCCGGUGGUGUUGCUAGCAUAGCUCCGAAUUACGUUGACGGCACGAUGUUUGCCAACGACAACGAGUUAUACCUCUAUGGAGGCAUGCUUCAUAAUACCGAUAGUUCCGAUCCUCCGCCUGCUAAUCAAGUCUUGUCGUACGCGGCGUACCAGUAUGGGCCAUAUAGAAGCUUAUGGGAGCCCACCUGGAACCAAGAAUACCUCUCCACUAAUGUUACACGAUAUAUCACCAAUGGCGCUGCUGCAUCAGCCCCAAGAGAGAACCUAGGUUUUUACUUCAGUGGGAUGCGUGCGGCAGAUUGGGGCGACUUCAAUUUAAACCUGCUUCAAUCCAACGAAACGGCCGACACGCUAAUCACCUUGGACAUGUCACAGAUGAGUGACGGAAAGUGGACAAACAGCACACUACCAAGCUAUGUUCCUGCUCGUUCCAACGCGGAACUGGUAUGGGUCCCUGUAUCUGAGUCCGGGAUUUUAGUCGCCAUUGGGGGAGUGGUUGAACCCAUUCGGUUUUUCAAAAAUGAUAAAUCAAACUCAUCACGGACAGAUGAGAGCAAAAGAAUUAGCCCGACGUUCAUGGAGACAGUCUCCAUCUUCGAUGUCGGGAGUGGAACCUGGUAUCUCCAAAACACGACGGGCGAUAUACCGCCACAGUUGACGGAGUUCUGCUCUGUCCUUGCUAGUGCGGCUGAUGGGUCAUCUCAUAAUAUCUACAUCUAUGGAGGAUAUGAUGGUCUCAACUAUAGUGCCAAUCCAUCCGAUGACGUUUAUAUAUUGUCCCUGCCUUCCUUCAAGUGGGUUAAGGCAUACAAUGGUACAAACACACACAGCCGCAGCGGUCACCAAUGCAUCAAAGUAUAUCCUGACCAAAUGCUGGCAGUUGGAGGGCAGCAUGUUGACUCAACUCAUUGUCUGGAGGGUGGUGUUAUUGUCAACUUCAAUCUCAACACGCUGAGCUUUGUGGAUAAAUACGAUCCCGCAAAUUGGAGCGAGUAUAAAGUACCGGAUGCCGUGACAAAACUAAUAGGUGGCAACUCUGAUGGAGGUGCAACCACCACCGCCCCAACAUCAUGGACCAACAGCUCUCUAGCAGGAAUUUUCGACACGAAGUAUAGCAAGACUAUCGAGACAUACUGGCCGUACAAUAGUACCAGCAGCAAUUCCAGUACCAGUUCUUCCACACAAGAUCACAACGGGGGCGGCGGCUUCCCCGGCUGGGCUGGUGGAGUAAUCGGCGCGGUGUUGGGUCUGUUCGUCAUUGCAAUCCUUGUCGGACUCUGGUUUUAUCGCCGACGGCAGCGUCAACGCAAAUCUGCAGAAGCGGAAUCUGGAGCCACAGGGGCCGAACCCAAAAGCCGUCCUCCGGAAUGGAUGUAUGGGAGCGGCCCAGCCUCGCCUGAACCCGGGCCAGUAUCUUCAUCGACGGGUAUGGAGACGGCGGAAACGGUGCGAACAACGCAUACCUCGGCAACGCAGCCUUCUACAGCACAGCAAUCGAUAACCCAGCCAUCAGACACACAGGCUUCAACAGUGCCAGACUCCUUCAUCUCUCCCGCAACCCCUGGAACGGUGGAAUCAGGAGGAGGUGCGCUAUAUGAGAUGCAUGAUUCGUCACCUGUUGAGCUUCCCACGCCAUUCAAUGCCGCGUACUUCGCUCACGACGGGUCUCCCAAGCCCGAACCUGAUCCGAGACGAGGGUCCCAGUCUCCUGUCUCACCGCAGACUCCUAGUGAGACUGAGUCGGAGUAUUCAUAUCCAACGGGUCAUAACCGGCGCCCAUCUUCACUGUCAUUAACAUCGCCAAUGUCGAUUGAUAACGUGGUGAGCGGUCGGUCGUCACAUUUUUAUGAAUCUUUUGACAGUUUGCAUACCCCGCGAGCAGGUCAUCGAUCUGAGGUUUCUCAAUUGACUGAUCAUGUGGAAGACAAGGGGCGGAAAGGAGGCAGUGAGACGAUUCGGGAGGAUGAAUAG